AUGGUCUUUGACAUGAAUAACCUGACAUUCCUGGAGUCAGCGUUUCAAGAGUUUCAAUGUCAUCUGACCCAAGGGCCAGGGUGUGGGGAGUCACACUCAGGACUCGACUGCUCCACAGACGAUACCUUCAUCAAUUACACCUGUGAACUAAACAUAGAUAUACAGAAUGAAACCUCAUACUCUUGUACUUCGUGUAAUACUACAAAUGCUAAUAGCAACCACACUAUGUGCAGCCCUUACCUUAAGCUAAACAUGAUCACCAUCAUCUUCGAAAGUGCACUCAAGAAUCUCUGGCUCCGACUCCCCAAUUUCUUCUGUGAUCUUGACACCCUAUUUUGCUACACGGAAACAAAAAAUCGGACGUUGUACAUUGACGUUCUAAACGACACUCCAGUUUUAGGUGUAGUUGAAAGUUUUCAAUGUAGUUAUGACUUUAGGAAUGUGACCGAAACAGUAGUGGAUAAAGUGGGUUAUGAUUGGAGUUUUCUAUUUGUGAUAGUAUUUAUAAUAGCCGGUGGUGUGGGUAAUAUAUUGGUGUGUUUAGCUGUGUGUCUAGAUAAGAGACUGCAAAAUGUUACGAAUUAUUUUCUUCUGUCGCUGGCGAUCGCUGAUCUCUUGGUCAGCCUGUUUGUAAUGCCGAUGGGAGCAAUUCCUGGAUUUUUAGGUUAUUGGCCGCUGGGCGUGGUGUGGUGCAAUGUGUACGUCACGUGCGACGUGCUGGCGUGCUCGGCUAGCAUCAUGCACAUGUGCUUCAUCAGCAUCGGCAGGUACCUAGGCAUCCGGAAUCCAUUAAAAAGUCGGCAUCAUUCCACAAAGCGGGUGGUGGUCAUCAAGAUCGCACUGGUCUGGCUUCUCAGUAUGUUCGUGUCUAGUUCUAUUACUGUUUUAGGUCUUAUAAACCGCACCAACAUAAUGCCGACUCCAGACCUCUGCGUGAUAAACAACCGCUUGUUCUGGAUCUUCGGAUCACUGGUCGCUUUCUACAUUCCUAUGCUCACUAUGGUCGUCUCUUUUGCGCUGACUGUACAACUGCUGAAGAGACAGGCUAGACUUGCUGCCACGCCUGUACCUGGAGGAACUCAGAGAAGACAAUGUGGUGGCUACGAUAAUGGUCCAGGUCAAGGCAUGAGGCGAGUUGGAGUGAGGAGCUCGCCAGACCUGUCUCCCAACAGAACAGUGACGAGGCAGCUCACUUGGAGGAUCACUAGUGCUACCAGGUCACAACGCAACAAAGUGGGUAUGAGCGUCUCCCAUCCUCAGCUAUCCUACAUGAACGGCUGUGGAGGUACAGGCUCCUCGGGUCCGAGACGAGGUCGGGAUGUGGCCACUCAAACUCCACCUAGCAUAGCUGCUGAGACGAGAAGAGCAAGGCUGAGACCCUUGAAAUUAACACUAGCAGCACCUAACGCUUUGACACUUAGAUUCCUAGCUAAUCGCAAAAAAGGGAGAUCCCUAUCAGCAAACGCAGUCGCAAAUGAACAGAAAGCAACCAAGGUGUUAGGCCUCGUGUUCUUCACGUUUGUGCUCUGUUGGGCGCCAUUCUUCUUGCUCAAUAUACUGUUUGCUGCGUGCCCAGGGUGUAUAGUCCCAGAGCAUGUAGUGGACAUCUGCCUGUGGCUGGGCUACGUGUCUUCCACCAUCAACCCCAUCAUCUACACCGUGUUCAACAGGACCUUCAGAGCCGCCUUCGUCAGGCUACUGAGGUGUCAUUGUACCAGACGCGGCCGCUGCACCCGCUACCGGUCUACGGGCUCAACGCGUGGUGCAUCUCAGCUCUGCGCCAGAUCAGCCCUACCUCUAGCCAUAUCAUUACGACCAUCGGCCUUACCGUCAUCAUCACCAGCACAACCAGAUACUACCGAAACAGUAUUAAUAGAUCAACCAAUAGGAGAUUUUAAUAUUAGAUAUUAG